AUGGGCGGAGUGGGCGCGCGCUCCCGGGCAAAAACGAGAGAGCCUCCAAGCCUCGCGGAUUCCGCCUUUCGCGAAGGUAUCCGGUGGACCCUAGAAUGUUUUGAGUCAACAUUCGGACAGCAUAUCUUACGAUGUCUGUUAGUGAGACAAGUCCAAUAUGAUUCAACCCAGUCUGGGACUGCUGAUUGCUCAGGUACGAGCAGUUGUUCGGGGUCCCAAAAAGAAAAUGGGGUUGCCAAGCCACUCUGGUUGAUCGACCCUAACCUGAAUGGCCCCGGCGUUGAUCAGGCAUUGCACCUGCUUGAUGACUGA